AGUACCCGUUCAGUUUCAUUAUUAUCCUCUUUAAAACCAUCAUACAAUUCUACAAGUUCAAUUAAAAGAGUUGGUAGAGGUCCAUCAAGUGGUUAUGGUAAAACUUCAGGUAGAGGUCAAAAGGGUCAAAAGGCUAGAGGUAAAGUGAAGUCCUGGUUUGAAGGUGGUCAAACUCCAAUUUUCAAAUUAUUUCCAAAGAUUGGGUUCAAUAAUGUUAAAGCUUUACAAUUGAAAGAAGUUAAUUUGAUUAGAAUAAUUCAAUUCCAUCAAGAUGGAAGAUUGGAUUUGAAAGAAGGUGAAACCUUGAAUAUGAGAAAAAUGAAACAGAUUGGUUUAGUGACGGGUACUUUAAGAGAUGGUGUUAAAAUUUUGGCUACAGGUAAAGAAAGAUUAGAUUUCCCAAUCAAAAUUGAAGCAACAAGAGCUAGUGCUGAAGCUAUCAAAGCUAUUGAAAGAGCCGGUGGUAAAUUUACUGCUCGUUUCUUUACAAAAUUAGGUUUGAGAGCACAUUUACACCCAAUGCAUUUUUUGAAGACAAGAGGUUACAUUCCAUUACCAGGUAGACCAGCAUCCAAAAGAAAUAUUGAUUACUAUAGCAACCCACGUAAGAGAGGUUAUUUGAUCAAGGAAAAUGAUCCAUUAUUACAAGCUAUAAGAGAUGCUAAAGAU